GCAGCCGUUGUUGGUGUGCGUGGCUAACUCUGGGCUCACGCAGUCACCAAAUUUCCCCUCUCCGACGCGGCCGUGUUCCUCGCCUUCCGCCUCCUGGAAUCCGAAACCGCCACGCCACCAUAGAGAAUGUGGUGGGACGAAGAAUUCCGAGAAGAAGAAGAAGAAGAAGAAGAAGAAGUGGAGGAAGAGGAGCAGCGAGAAUCUCCGGUCGAUUUCGAUUUCUUCUCCCUCCUGUCCAAGCCAAAGGAUUACUACAAGAUACUGGAAGUUGAUUAUGAUGCUACUGAAGAAAUAAUCCGUUCCAACUAUAUUCGUCUGGCAUUGAAAUGGCAUCCUGAUAAGAAAAAGGAGGAAAGUGCCACUUCAAGAUUUCAAGAAAUUAACGAGGCAUACAAAGUUUUAAGUGAUCCUGUCAAAAGGCGAGAGUAUGAUGAGAAGGGAGUAUGUGUAGUCGAAGACUAUAAUGCUAUUGAAUACCUGAACCGAUACAAGGGCCUGAUAUUAACAUGCAAUGGCCUUGGCAUUAGAUAUCCAAUAUGGUGAAUCAACUGCAAGCGGUGGAACAAUAUGGUGAAUCUCCUCGGUGCCGCUACCCCGCCUGGGCGGCUGACUGGGCCCGCUCCGCACCGGUUGCUGAGCCAGCCUCCUGACCUGAGGUCGACGGGCCGGCCAGCUCGAACCCGAAUUCCGCGCGAGGGAAGUUUUCCUUUGCUCCCAACAGAGGGACGGCGACGGGAGAGAGGAUUGUAAAUUUUUUUCCUCAUGGUCAAUCUUCUAUACUAUUAUAGCGCUGUUAUGUUUUCUUGCAUAUCUCAGUAUGAGGAGAGGGAUGUUGGUUUUGGUUUCUUAUAGAUUUAGAUUUCUAAAAAUUUUCUGUUCUCUUUAGACAAUAACUAUAUUUCUGGCUUUUGUUUGAGGAAGUAAUUUCAUGGAAUAUAAUGAGGAGAUUGACUUAAAUUUUGAAAUCACGAAAAGUCUCCAAAAAUCUAGGAGGGUUUCAAACAUUGAUGUAAUGUUUGAAUGUGAAGUUAAUUUAUUCAGAUUUUAUGUUGAGUAAAUACAUGGAACUUUUGAGUAUUCUAUGAGGCUGAGAGUUUUGCACUGUAUCAGGCAGCAUAAACUUUUGACUAUUCUUAUAUAUUAUGAUCUUGUGCAGAUUAUUCAGUGUUGUUUGUAUUUUUGUCUAAGAUUAUUGUGGUAUUUAUCAUGCUUUUACGACUAAGUAUUUUGUUUUUUGUUUUACGUUGACAUGUUCCGUAAAUGAGGCUCUACUUGCACGUACAUGCUUGUAAGAAUAUAUAGUCAAAUGCAUAUGCUAUGUCUCAUAAAAAUUGCCCUGCAUGGAGGUUGUGAUGAUGGACUAGAUUUUGUAGUAGCUAUAUUGCAUUUAGGAAAUCUACAAUGUGGUAUCCACUUUUGUGAGCAAUCUCAAAUAAGAGGACUAUUACAAACAGGCAACUAGUAUAUAUCAACUAUGUGGUCUUAACUAUCUAUUCAGGCCCAAAGCAUUAGGCGUUUGCUGUUCCAGUCAUAAAACAAUCAAUUUCAUCUUUGUAUCCCCAUGUUUACAUUCUAUCAUCAGGAACUUUUGGAAUAUUCAUGACAUUAGCUUUCGUGUCAGGCCCCAGAUUGAGGAAAAUAAGACCAAGAACCGUUAUAGGAGCUUAAAAGCCUCUUCAUUUUGCUUCAGUCAUGCUUUUGUUUGAACCAUUUCUAUAUGCUUGACUGUUGUAUUGAACUAUUCUGUUUCACACUAAAUGCAGCAUUACAAUUAUGGAAUAUGUUGUUUUAGUACUUCUUUUAGCAGAGUUGCCCCCACUGAGAUUUGCGCUUGUGCCUGAAAAUCCUCUAGUCCUAGACAUGUGCAGAGCUUUCUAAUUCCAUAGUGAUUCACUUUUAGCAAUUUUCAUAUUCCAUGGAUGUCUUAAUAACGAUUACUUUGACUUAACAGCCAUCGCAACUGUGGUCACCAUUGCGGAGAUUCUUAAAAACAAUGGCCUUGCGGUUGAGAAGAAGAUCAUGAAUCGAUGGUUGGUGUGGAGGAUGAGGCCAGGGGGACGGCUGUUGCAGAAAGCAAGGAUUGAGAUAUUGCUGGGAAAGACGGAAAAUUUUGAUGAAUUAAUGGCUGCAGCCGCACAGAGAGGUGAUGGAGAUGAUGAGCAGAAUUAAAAUAAAGUCUUGCUUUGUUUUCGGAUUGGCAGAUGGUGUUUGGUGAUUUCAAGGGCUAUUCCCAUGAAUCAAAGAGCAGCAUUAUUUGUUCUCCAACUCUCCGUGUAUGAUGAUUCUAGGUUGUAGUGUUUUUUUGUUGGAAUGGAAUAUGUGAACCAAAACUGAACUUUAAGGUCCAUUUUCAUUGCAAACGAUGGUUUCUCUCAUCCACUAUAUGGCAACACAUUGUUCUGACCUGUGAUAGCAUCUUGAAACAGAGAUAUCUGACCUGUGAAAAUAUUUUUGCUUAUAAAAGGAAUAUAACCAUUUCAA